AUGUCCGCCAAUGCCUCAGAACAGAGGCAAGACCCUUCCUCGUCGUCACUUCACAACGAGUCUCAGCAUAGCUCGACAGACAGCAUCAGUCGUAAAGAUCUUGAGCUCAUCUGGAAAUGGAAUCAUACGGUCCCAGAGACAGUCAACAAAUGUGUUCACAGUCUUAUCACGGAGAGAGUGCUCCAGCAGCCUGACGAGCAGGCCGUCCAGGCUUGGGACGGCAAUUGGAGCUAUCGCCAGCUCGAUGAGCUCUCCACCAACCUGGCACAUCGCCUCGUCGAUAUUGGCAUCGGUCCUGAUGUGAUUGUCCCUCUCUGCUUUCAAAAGUCAAAAUGGACCCCCAUUGCCAUGCUCGCUGUGAUGAAGGCCGGAGGUGCAUCGGUGGCUCUGGAGACCUCACUCCCUUUCGAGCGUUUAUGUAGCAUCGUUCAACAGACCAAGCCAAUUAUUAUCUUGGCGUCUUCUUUGACUGCUGAUCUUGCUGGCGGCCUCAACUCAGGCACAGUCGUGCUUGUCGAUGAGGGAAGUACCAGCCCCUUCAUGACAAUCAACAAACUGCCAGAUGUUCACCCAUCAAGUAGCCUUUAUAUCAUCUUCACCUCGGGCAGCACGGGCACUCCCAAGGGCACAAUUAUUACCCAUUCUAAUAUUUGCACUUUGAUUCACCACCAGCAGGCCGUGCUAGGCUAUUCACCUUCUUCACGGGUGUAUGAUUUUGCCAAGUACUCCUUCGACGUAGCCUGGUCCAAUUUCAUCCAUACCCUGACUGUGGGCGGCUGCCUCUGCAUCCCUUCCCAGCAAGAGGCUCUCAGUGACCUUGCAGGCUCCAUACGAGCAUGCGGCGCAAACUGUCUAAACAUCACGCCCUCAGUCGGUGCCAUGAUUCGACCAUCGGACCUGGACGGUACACUGAAGCAUGUGAUUUUCGCUGGAGAGGCCCUGACGAGCCAGCUGGCCUCUGAGUGGGCACAAGUUACCCGCGUGUUCAACUUGUACGGCCCAGCUGAAUGCGCAAUCGGAGCCACGCUGGCUGACUUUGGCGAUGGCGACGCUGCUGGCAAGCAAGACUCCAAUGUCACUAUUGGCCGUGGAGCUGGCUUAUGCACUUGGGUGGUCCACCCCGACUGCCAUGACGAGCUGGUGCCCGUUGGAGCCACUGGCGAAUUGGUGUUGGAAGGUCCAAUUGUCGGAGACGGAUAUCUUGGAGAACCGGAAAAGACGGCCGCAGUGUUCAUCGAGAGCCCGAAGUGGUUGGUUGCUGGGUCUCCAGGCUGUCCAGGUCGUCCAGGUCGACUGUACAAGACAGGUGAUCUUGUGCGCUACGAAGCCAAUGGGAACAUCACCUAUAUAGGCCGAAAAGACUUGCAAGUCAAGAUCAGCGGCCAGCGUGUGGAGUUGGGCGACGUCGAAUCUCACGUGCGGACAGAGGUCGGUCAUGUCGGCGGGGAUGUGCGAGUGGCUGCUGAGCUCUUGACACCACGCAACAGUGACAGGUCUUUGCUUGUUGCUUUUAUACAGAUAUCGAAGCCAGCUUCCAGCCAACACAAGGACGGACUGGAAACAGAGCUGCAGAGGGUCACCGACGGACUCAACAAUCGGUUGGCCGCCCGUUUACCGGCGUACAUGAUCCCGGCAGCCUAUAUUCCGCUUGAGAUUUUCCCCACAACAUCCAGUGGGAAAUUGGACAGAAGCAAACUCAGGGAAACGGGAGCAGCAUUCUCACUGAAGGAGCUUAUGGCUCAAGGCUCAUCUUUGCCAGAAAAGAGGGAGCCAACUACCGUUAUGGAGCUCCGUUUACGAGGUCUUUGGUCCUCCGUUCUCGGUUUGGAGGACGACAGCAUCGGAGCUGAUGAUGACUUUUUACGUCUUGGAGGGGAUUCUAUUGCGGCCAUGAAACUCGCUAGUGCCGCACGAGAUAACGGUCUACUGCUUAAUGUCGCCGACAUCUUUACCCAUCCGAUUCUGUGCGACAUGUCAAAGGUCGUAGCCGAGCUUUCAGAUGAUAGUAGCAGUCCCAUCGAGCCUUUUUCUUUGCUUAAAGAUCAUAUCGACGUGGAGUCGGUGCGCAGACAGGCGGCCGUCGCUUGUGGCGUCGCCACUGAGACUGUGGCCGACGUAUUUCCCUGCACACCUCUACAAGAGGGCCUCAUCGCCUUGACAGCCAAGCAUCCAGGUGAUUACAUCUCCCGGCAUGUUUUCCAGCUGCAGCCUGAGGUGAACAUGGAGCGUCUUCGAAAGGCAUGGAAAGAAGUCGUGGCGACAACAGCUAUUCUUCGGACGCGAAUUGUCGACAUCAAGCCCCAGGGAAUGGUGCAGGUGGUCGUUGAUACCAAUGAAACGACGAAGGUAAUGCACGAGGAGCGACGCAUGAGCCUCGCCAAGUAUGAGCAGAUGGACGAGAAGCUUACAAUAGGCUCGGGAAGCCGCUUGGUCCGAUUCGCAAUGUUCGAGGAGGAGCGGGAAGACGAGCAAGAGGCGAGACGUUUCUUUGUGUGGACAAUUCACCACGCACUAUAUGAUGGAUGGUCCAAAUCUCUACUUUUGAAGCGGCUUUCCCAAGCUUAUCAUGGCGGGGAAGGAGAGCUUGAGGAUUCCAUACCAUUUCAAGGUUUCGUAAAGCAUAUUCUCAAUAUACAAGAAGACGAGGCAACCAACUUUUGGUCGACACAGUUCAGAGACAUUGAUGCACAAAUCUUUCCCGCACUGCCGUCGCCGCGUUAUCAGCCAAGAUCUGAUGCCCUGGUAAAGUAUGCCAUUAAAGAUCUCCAGUGGCCAAAUGCGAUGGGUAUUACAGCCUCGACCCUUUUGCGAGCUGCAUGGUCCAUCACCACCUCGUGUUAUACGGGCGCAAAUGAUACCGUGGUUGGCAUCACCGUGAGUGGCAGGCAGGCAGCUGUGCGAGGGGUGGAUGGGAUGACUGGUCCCACGAUUGCGACAAUGCCGCUACGGAUUGUCUUGGAUAAGGAAAAGACUGUCGGAGAACUUAUUCUCCAGAUUCAAAAGCAGGUCCUCGGUAUGGUGCCAUUUGAACAAACGGGCAUACAACGAAUCAGGCGGGUCAGCCCUGAAGCUGAGAGAGCAUGCGACUUCCAGACGUUGCUCAUCAUCCAGCCAGCCGAGGAUGAGACGGAGAGGUCCUGUCAUGAUGGUCUCUUUUUACGAAGGGGUGAUUUUGAGAAAAAAAGCGAAAUAGAAAACGAAAUGGCAGAGUUCCGCACAUAUCCUUUGUCUCUAGAGUGCCACCUGCAGGAGCAAGGCGUUGUCUUGACGACAAGAUUUGACUCUGCUGUGCUUCACCACGACCAAGUGGCCAGCAUGAUGAGGCAGCUGGAACACGUUUCCCGUCAGCUCUGUGAUGAUAAAAAUGCAGAGGUAAAAUUGGGAAACCUGGCCCUGAUCGGUCAAGAGGAUCUCGCCCAGAUAUGGCGCUGGAACUCUAUCGUACCCGACACGGCCGAUGGUGCUGUACACGACUUGAUUUCCGCCAUAACGAGACAGCAGCCGAAUGCCCAGGCAGUAUGCGCGUGGGAUGGUAGCUGGACGUACCGCGAGCUUGACGACCUGUCGACGCACCUGGCACAUCAUCUCGUUGGUCUGGGGAUUGGGCCUGAUGUCAUCGUCCCCCUCGUCGUCGAAAAGUCAAAGUGGAUGCCUGUGGCCAUGAUAGCUGUGAUGAAGGCCGGGGGAGCUUCUGUUGCUCUCGACGAUACGCAGCCAGAAGAUCGACUUGGGAGUAUCGUGCGACAAUUGGUACCAGUGGUGGUGUUGACGUCGGUCAAGAAUCAGGACCUUGCUCGUCGCUUGAGCCCAACGGUCACGUGCAACCUGGUUAUAGUCGGUGAGGAGCACUUGCCCAGUCUGCCUUGUGCUCAAACAACGACCUCAUCAACACCGACAUCAUCCAUAGCACUCCCAAAACUAGACGCUUUAAACAGGCUCUAUCUCGUAUUUACGUCCGGCAGUACUGGAACCCCAAAGGGUGUGGUCGUAACUCAUGCAAACAUUACCAGCGCCAUCCGCCACCAGCAGGGUACCCUUGGAUUCACUAAAGAAUCACGAAUCUACGACUUUGCAUCGUACACAUUCGACGUAGUCUGGUGCAAUCUUCUCCAAGGACUCUCUGCAGGAGGUUGUCUCUGUAUCCCCAGCAAUCAUGAUCGCCGCACCGAUCCUCUCGGCGCCAUCAACCGUCUUGGUGCCAACACGGCCAUUUUGACCCCUUCGACUAUCCGGGGAUUGGAAUUGCAGCCCCUCCGGGAUCUACACCACAUUCUCUUCAUCGGAGAGCCACUCUCAGCUGAUGAUCUAAAAAGCUUGCAUCCUGACGUCGCCAUAACCAACCUCUACGGGCCAACUGAGUGCACGACGUUUAGCACGGCCCAACGCGUCGUUCUUCAUAAGUCUUCAGGCCUGGAAAAGCGUCAACCCAUUAGCAUAGGCACCGGCUUAGGCCUACGAACAUGGCUCGUACAGCCCUCGGAUCACUCCAAACUAGUUCCAGUGGGAUGUGUCGGCGAACUUCUGCUGGAAGGGCCACUUGUGGCGGCGGAAUAUCUUGGAGACGACGAAAAGACGGCUGCUGCCUUCAUAUACGACCCAGCCUGGCUCUUGAAGGCAUGUCCCAAUCACCGUGGUCGCCAUGGACGUUUGUAUAAGACUGGGGAUCUUGCACGGUACGACAUAGAUGGAAACCUGAUUUUCCUAGGACGAAAGGACUCCCAAGUCAAGAUCAAUGGCCAACGUGUUGAGCUGGGCGACAUUGAGCACCACGUCCGAUCCAACAUUUUACAACUUCAAGAAUCAAACGUCACAGUCAUGGCAGACGUUGUCAAGCCUCAGGACAGCAGCAAUGCAAUGCUCGUAUGCUUUAUCCACAUUGGAGCCACUGAGGCAUCCUGUGAUGAAACGACUGUACAAAAUGCGUUCGAGAGCUUGUCGAAUGGCCUUCUCGACAGGCUUGUUGGCAAGGUACCAACGCAUAUGAUCCCAGCAACCUGCGUUCCACUCGACGAGAUCCCUAUGACACCUAGUGGCAAGAUUGACCGCUGCAAGCUCCGUGCGAUAGGUCAACAAAUGGACUUGGAGAGUCUUGUAGGAACCAACUUGAACCCCAAGUCCGCGCGAUCAGAACCCUCUACAAUUACCGAAAUGCGUCUAAGGGAAUUGUGUGCAGUCGUGCUCGGCAUCAAAGAAGAAAGUAUCGCCAUGGAUAGUAGCUUUUUACGGAUAGGAGGUGACUCUAUUGGGGCCGUGAGGCUUGUCGCAGCAGCACGCGAGCAUGGCAUCUUUUUCUCCGUCAUAGAUGUAUUCGAGCACCCGGUGCUAAGUGACUUGGCCCGAAUAGCCAGUGUUACUGCCAACGAGACCGAGGAACUUAAAAUUGAACCAUUCACUCUGUUAAGAAAAUUAGAAGUAACGAACGCCGCCCUCAAGCAGCGAAUCGCACGCGAGUGCAAUGUCCAGGCUGAGCAAGUCGCUGAUGCGUUUCCCUGCACCCCAUUGCAGGAAGGCUUGCUUGGACUGACCGCCAAGCGACCCGGCGAUUAUGUUGCACGGUUUAUUUACCCGCUGCGGGCCAGCGUAGACUACGAGCAGUUUUUGAAAGCAUGGGAGGCCGUCGUUGCAGCAAUGCCUAUCUUGCGAACUCGGUUUGCUGAUCUGGGUGACCUUGGCUUGGCUCAAAUCAUUGUCGAUGAGCCAACCAAUUGGUCAUUCAAGAACGAGUUGAUCAGUGUCAAAGAGUAUGAAUUGGCUGAUAAACAGCUCGAAAUGGGCUUGGGUUCAGCCAUGGCACGAUUUGCCAUUGUGAAAGACCCAGCUGAUGGUAGACGCUUCUUUGUGUGGACCAUUCACCAUGCUCUCUACGACGCUUGGUCCAUUGCCCUGAUGUUGGAAAAGCUGGAAGCCACGUAUCAUUUCAAUGAAUGCAGUAUAAUCACGCCCUCAGUACCGCUGCAGGCAUUUGUCAAGCAUAUAAUAGACAUUGACCAGACCGUGGCGGCUACUUACUGGAGUGAGCAGUUUCGUGGAUCUGAAGCUCAAACCUUUCCGUUGCUUCCCUCAGCUACCUAUGAGCCAAUGUCUAGUGCCUUCUUCAAACAUCGUAUCAGAAAACUCCAGUGGCCAAAGACUGAUACGACGCCUGCAUCAAUUAUACGGACAGCUUGGACGCUUUUGGCUGCAAAAUAUACUGCUAGCUCCGACAUCGUCUUUGGUGUUACUGUUUCUGGUCGACAAGCUCAUGUUCCCAACGUUGAGCAAAUCGUAGGGCCUACAAUUGCCACAGUGCCCGUUCGAGUUGCUUUCAACUGGCGUGAAAUGACUGUGGAACAUCUUCUACGUCAAGUUCAGUCCCAAGCGGUGCGUAUGACGGCUUUUGAGCAGACGGGUUUGCAACGUAUUCGCUGCGCGAGCGCGGAGGCUGAACAAGCAUGCCGAUUCCAGACUUUGCUCGUCGUACAUCACGUUGAGGAUGGCGAAGACAAAGAGGAUAGUCGCUGGUUCAUCAGUAACCGGGACGAAGACGGACAAGAUGACACCAACGUCACCGAGCAUGAUACUUUUGCUUUAACCAUUGAGUGCGGUCUAGAAAGAGAGGGACUCAGGCUGCGCAUUGCCUACGAUGAUAGGAUUAUGGAUGCCAAACAAGUCGAGAGGCUGGCUCGCCAACUCGAGCAUGUUAUUCGACAGAUUUGUGCUCCAAGAAAUGCUGGCUGCCAUCUGGGUAGCUUGGAUAUGGUGAGCGCCCAGGACAUGGAUGAUAUCUGGAAAUGGAACAGCACCUGCCCCGAAGCUUUGCACACUUGUCUACACGAUUUAAUUUCACACAAAGCCCAAUCAAUCCCGGAUAACCUGGCAGUCAAUGCGUGGGAUGGUGACUUAUCCUAUCGCGAACUUGACGAGAUAUCUACGUACCUGGCGUAUUACCUCGUCAGUGUUGGCGUUGGACCUGAGACAAUCAUUCCUCUCUAUUUUGAAAAGUCUAUGUUGGCGCCCAUCGCGAUGCUGGCCGUUAUGAAAGCAGGCGGUGCGUCGACCAUGAUGGACUCGCGCCAGCCGCAAGAACGUCUGCAAGCCAUCGUCGAUCAAAUCAACCCCGUUGUGGUGGUUACAUCGUUGAGUAACAGAGAGUUGGCGAGCACACUCACCGUGGCACCCAUCAUUGCUCUCAGCAGUGAGCGUCUAGAGCAGUUGCGAAGUGAGCAAAAAUCCUCGACGCAGCUUCCACGAGUCCAGCCGUGGAACAAGGCAUACUUGAUAUUCACUUCAGGUAGCACUGGCGUCCCAAAGGGGGCCAUACUCACACAUGAAAAUGUGUGUAGUGCAGUUCACCACCAGCAGCUCGCUCAGGGGUACACCCCUGAUGCUCGCGUAUACGACUUCACCUCGUACGCAUUUGACACAACCUGGAAUAACUUUAUGCAUACAUUUACCAUUGGCGCCUGCUUGUGUAUUCCGUCAGAGGACGAACGCAGAGACGAUCUCGCCGGAUCUAUUGAGCGGUUCAAGCCAACCAUCCUUGACAUCACGCCAUCUGCCGCCACGGUCUUGGGGCACAAAACCAUCCAAUCCCUGCGUACAAUGAUCCUGGGAGGCGAAAGAUUGCCCCCCCAGUACGCUCAGCGUUGGGGAGCACUUGUCGACCUGAAGCUCUGUUACGGCCCGUGUGAGUGUACGCCCACGGCGACUGUGGCAACAGUCGACCCUGACGUGGAUGGUGAACCACCCCUCGGCCCUGCCAUCGGGAUGUGUGCUUGGGUUACAGACCCAACGAAUGUUGGCACUCUUGUCCCGAUUGGCGCCAUGGGUGAGCUUGUCUUGGAAGGCCCUCUUGUCGGUCACGGCUAUUUGAACGACCCAGUGAAAACGGACGCGGUUUUCAUCCAUGACCUACCCUGGCUCCUGCGCGGUGGACCUGGCAGACCUGGACGCAAGGGCCGCCUUUACAAGACCGGCGACCUUGUGAGGUAUAAUAUAGACGGUUCACUGAUGUUCAUCGGCCGAAAAGAUGCCCAGGUCAAGAUCAACGGUCAACGAGUAGAGCUCGGCGAAAUCGAAAACCACAUGGUCCGUCACCCACAGACGCGACAGGCCGCAUCUCUGUAUCCUCGGUUUGGCCUUUGUUCGAGAAAACUCGUUGGAAUCUUCAGCUUGGAAGACAUUUAUGAAACUGACAAUUUGGUGCCGAUCGAGCUUGUCAAUGCAAAGCAUGAUGCCGCUGUCCAGCAGCAUAUUCUAACGCUGCAACAAAUCUUAGGAGAGGCUCUGCCUUCAUACAUGGUACCCUCUAUUUGGGUCCCUCUCAAGAAUAUUCCCCUGAAUCCUUCAGGCAAGCUGAAUCGCCGCCUAGUGGAAGACUGGCUGACCAAUAUAAACUCGAAAAAUUUCUCUAGAAUCAGUAACGCGGGCUCCUCUAUUGCAACUCGUGAACCUGGGACACACGCUGAGCGUGUUAUUUUCGAUGCUUGCAGUGUCGUCUUGAACAUUCCUCGUUUUGAAGUGAAUCUGGGGCGUUCAUUUGUUGCCAAUGGCGGCGACUCCAUCUCUGCUAUGCGCCUCUCUUCGCAUUGCCGUGCUGUCAACCUAGCUGUUUCUGUAAGCGUGCUGCUAAAAAGCAAAUCACUUGUUUAUGUAGCCCAGCUCUCUGCUGCCGCCACUGGCCCAGACCUACAUCGUGCCCAAGGAGGUGAAGAGAAUUUUGGCAAGGCCUUUAAGUUGUCGCCAAUUCAGAAGUGGUUCUUCAGCCAGACUCCAACUGAAUGUGUCACUAAGGAAAAUUAUCAUUGUAACCAAGGGUUUUAUGUCAAAAUCAACCGUCACCUUUCGACUGGAGAUGUCUCUCUGGCUAUUCGCAAGAUCGUCGAGCAGCAUUCCAUGCUUCGCGCGCGAUUCCACUACUCCAAUAAAGAAUGGAUGCAGAUUGUUCCUAAACCAGGAGAUGGCUUUUACCAUUUUGGCUCCUUUGAAGCCCAGUCUCUAGAUGAAGUAAAGUCCAAGGCGAUAAAGAGUCAUCGAAGCCUUGACAUCGAGCGUGGCCUAGUUUUCGCAGCAGAUCUAUACACCUUGCCUUGUGGUGGCCAAUAUUUGACUCUAAUCGCCCACCAUCUAGUCGUUGAUCUCCUCCAUGAGGACGUUUUUCCACAUAUUGAAAAGGUCAACAACGCAGAAAUCGAGUCUGUCUACCCAUCUUCUCCUAUGGUAGACGGAAUACUUCUCAGUCAGUUGAAAGGCACAGGCUCCUACAAAACCUCGCAAACUUGGGAAAUACGACCCUCCAAAUGUGGCUCGAUUUGCAUUGCCGCCUUGACCAACGCGUGGCAAGCCGUUGUCGCUCGACACCCCUCUUUGCGAACUGUAUUUAUUCAUAGCAUGGAUGCCUCGGUUGCGUACAACUCCGUUGUGUUAAAGUCCUACCGUGGCGACGUUAUCCUUCUUAAAGAGCAGAGUUUUGAAUUAGCUGUUACCAGACUUAGGGAACUGCCUGAAGUCAAUUACACCCUAGAAAGGCCGGCUCAUCGAUUGGUGGUUUGUGAGAUCGCGGAAGAGGGACGUUUUGUUUGCAAAAUCGAGAUGAGCCAUGCAAUUUCUGAUGGUGCUUCAACGGCCAUCACCAUGCAAGAUUGGGGACGAGCUUACUCUGGGGAGCUCAAUAUCGAAGAACUAGGCGACACUAACGAAGAAUUCGCUCGAGCCCUUCUGUCCGUGUCGAGAACCGACAAAAUGACCUACUGGAAGCAGAAGCUGUGCACUACGGAGCCAUGCCUUUUCCCACGUCUUGCUGAUGCUGGGCUGGAAGCCAAUGAGCAUGACGCCGGAGUAGUCACCUUGGAACUCUGCAAAGAGACGUUCGAUCAUGUUAAACAAUUCUGCAAGUCGCAGUCUGUGACUCCUGCCACCCUGUUUCAGAGCGCUUGGGCUCUUGUUCUUUCGAGUUACUCAGGCACUGACUCUGUCUGCUUUGGAUAUCUGGCAUCUGGGCGGGAAUUUCCUGUCAAGGGUAUCGUGGACUCUGUUGGUGCUUUUGCCAACGUUAUGAUCUGUCAAGUAAAUAUUUCCUCGGAUUGGAGCGGCGCAGAUUUGGUUCAACACAUAUACAGUCAAGUCUUGGAGGACUUGGACUUCCAACAUUGCUCGAUUGGCGAUAUCCAACACGAGCUAGGUCUCCCAUUCGGACAAAAUCUUUUCAACUCCAUCAUAUCAUUCCAAAGGGACAACGAUGGCCUCGACGAAGACAUAAGGACCCGAGAUUUGAUAUUCACCGAUCUUGAGUGGGAAGAUCCGACCGAGUAUGACAUUACGAUGAGCAUAAGAUAUACCGACGUUUCAGCCUGCUUCACGAUUGACCACCGAUUAGCUUGUAUUUCUAAUGAACAGGCUAACCGCGUUGUUUUACUUCUGGAAAAAAUGAUCACAUUUCUUGUUAGCGAUGGCAAUGUGGACUCUGUCGUCGGCCAGAAGGCGCAAAACUUGGUUGAAAUGGAAAGCAUAACCGACAAAGAUUUGCAAGACAUUUGGAAGUGGAACAAGGAGGUGCCUGAAGCAGUCAAUGGGCUCGUACAUGAUGCAAUCACCGAUGUUGUUCAGAACAGUCCCGAUUCGCCCGCCAUCUGCGCUUGGGAUGGUAGUUUUACUUAUGCCGAGAUAGAUGCUCUUGCUACGAAACUUGCAUAUUCUCUUGUUACAUUUGGCAUUGGGCCUGAUGUUAUUGUGCCUUUGUACUUUGAGAAGUCAAAAUGGAUGCCUGUGGCUAUACUUGCCGUCAUGAAAGCAGGUGGUGCAUCCGUGGCGCUAGACAGCACUCUUCCAGAGGAGCGCAUUCGCAGCGUCGUUUGCCAGGUGAAUCCUAUAGUUAUUCUAACAUCCUCGGCGAAUCUGCAGAUGGCAAAGCGUCUCACAGAUUGCGUUGCUAUCCCUGUGAGCGGUACACACCUUGAGCAGGUUGACACAAUCCCUAGGUCAUUGCCGGCCGUAGACCCAUCCAACAAGCUAUAUGUGGUCUUCACAUCUGGUAGCACUGGACUUCCCAAAGGCGUUGUCAUCACGCACUCUAACUUCUGCAGUGCUAUUCGGUACCAGCAGAAAGCUUUGGGUUUCAAAAACACAUCGCGCGUAUAUGAUUUCGUGAAAUACGCGUUUGAUGUGACUUGGUCCAACUUUCUGCAUACCAUGACCGCGGGCGGCUGUCUCUGUAUCCCUUCCGAGACCGAAACUUCCAAUCAUAUCGCCAGCUCAAUGGUCUCGUACAAGGCAAAUUUUGCUGAUCUGACCCCAUCUGUGGCUAGCACUCUACGCCCAGCCGAUCUUGUUACGCUGGACCAUCUGUUGUUCAGCGGCGAGGCAUUGACAACCCACCUUGCUGCGCAGUGGGCCGAGAGAGUGACUGUUCUCAAUACCUAUGGCCCCGCAGAGUGCAGUGUCAAGGCAACAUUUGAAGAGGUUGGUAGGGCUGGUGGUGGUGGUGGUGGUACAUCAGCUGCUAGCAUAGGUCGGGGAUUCGGUAUGUGUACCUGGAUUGUUAAAUCGACAAACCACAACCAGCUUGUGCCGUUUGGUGCUGCUGGCGAGCUUUUACUUGAAGGGCCGCUUGUCGGCGCAGGGUAUCUAGGCGAUCCUGUCAAAACCGAGGCAGCCUUUAUCGAGGAUCCGACUUGGCUUGCUCGUGGAGGACCGGGUUAUGCUGGCCGCAGUGGACGUCUUUACAAGACUGGAGAUAUAGUCCGCUAUAAUACAGAUGGGAGCAUGACUUUUCUAGGUCGAAAGGAUGCUCAAGUGAAGAUUAACGGUCAGCGGCUGGAGCUUGGGGAUGUUGAGUAUCAUGUGCGGUCGAAUAUCAUCCAUGACGGGUUUGUGCAAGUAUUUGCUGAAAUCAUCAAGCCCGAGGGAAGCAAAAAGUCUCUCCUCCUAGCCUUCAUUCACACCAGGGGAAAAGUAUUGUCAAACAACAAGCAGCGCGUCGAGCAGACCAAGAAAAUUACAGCCGGCCUUGAUGAGAGACUUGGUUCACAAGUACCGAGCUUCAUGAUUCCGGCCGGCUAUCUUUUGAUAGACCAUAUUCCCAUGACAACAACCGGCAAAACUGACCGUCGUCGCUUGCGUGAGAUGGGCCAUGAGUUGACCUUUGAACAAAUCAUUGCGCUCAAUUCUCGCCAAGCCCAACACAAGCCACCCAGCACAAUCGCAGAGAAGCGUCUGCAGCGACUUUGGGCAUCCGUCCUGGGUGUCAAAGCUGACUCAAUCAGCGCAAAUGACAGCUUCCUCAGGAUUGGAGGAGAUUCUAUUGGUGCUAUGAAGCUGGUGGGACUUGCUCGCGAAGAGGGACUUAGCCUUACAGUCACGGAUAUAUUUAAGCAGCCCAAGCUGCGCGAUCUGGCCUUGGUGGUGACGCAGGUCUCUAGCACAGCUUCUGACACUAUUCAACCAUUUUCUCUCCUCAAACACGAUAUUGAUUCUCAGGUGGCGCGGAGUAAGGUUGCCGAGCUGUGUCAGGUUGAUAGCUACCAGAUCCAAGACAUAUUUCCAUGCACGCCGUUGCAAGAAGGCCUUCUUGCACUGACGGCCAAGCGAGCCGGUGACUACGUGGCUCGGUACGAGAUGCCACUGCGAGAGACAAUUGACGUGGCUCGGUUCCAAAAGGCUUGGGAAGAGGUCUUGUGUAUGGACCCAAUUCUGCGCACACGCAUUGUCGACCUGCCAGGCCAAGGGUUACUCCAGGCUAUCCUAGAGCAAGAUGUGGCUUGGGCGCAAUGCUCCAGUGUCCAGGAGUAUCGUGAAUCAGACGAGAAGUUCAUGAUGGGAUUGGGCAAGGCACUUAUUCGAUACGCCGUCAUCUACGAGCCUUAUCACAAGCAACGUUCUGUUUUCGUGUGGACGAUACAUCAUGCCCUCUAUGAUGGAUGGUCUAUGCCGCGCAUUCUAGAGAGGCUGGAAGUGGCAUACGAGGGAGAGGUGGCUCUUCAGGAGGCUCCUCCUUUCCAACGCUUUGUUCAACACAUUAUGAGCACUGACGAGGAACGCACGAAGAGUUUUUGGCAGGCGCAGUUUGAGAAAUCCGAGGCCCGAGUGUUCCCUUCUUUGCCGUCGCCCGCGUAUCAGCCAAUUGCCAAUUCAUCCAUCUCCCAUUGUGUUAGCGACCUAGAUUGGCCAAAGAGCGACAUCACAGCAUCCACGGCCAUUCGCACAGCAUGGGCUAUCUCAGCGGCGAAAUACACAAACUCGAGUGAUGUGGUUUUUGGAGCUACAGUGAACGGUCGGCAGGCUGAUGUCGAGCAAGUGGACGAGAUGACGGGUCCUACACUCGCAACCGUGCCAGUCCGAGUGGUCUUGGAUUGGGAACAGACUGUAGAGACUUGUCUUGGACAGGUUCAAGCUCAAUCCGUGGAAAUUACCGAAUUUGAGCAGACGGGGUUGCAGAACAUUCGUCAAAUGAGCGCCAAAGCGAAGCAGGCUUGCGACUUUCAAACACUGUUGCUCAUACAUCCUCCAGAGGAGGCAGCGCAUUCCGAGUCUCAGAUAUUUGCCCCCAAGGGUCAAGGCAGUGAUGGAGAUGAUGAGGAGGUCCAACUAUCAGAGUUUGAUACACACGCCAUCACAAUUGAAUGUGAUCUGUCGCAACGUGGUCUGAACCUGAGGAUCGAGUUUGAUCGCAACAUCCUUACUCAGCGUCGGAUUGAAAGGCUGGCUGCACAGAUGGAGCAUGUUCUGCGGCUAUUGUGUGACCCGAAUCAAGCAAAGAGGCUAUUGGGAGACUUGGAGCUGAUCAACAAGGGGGAUCUUGAAGAUAUCUGGGGGUGGAACGCUACUGUGCCGGAGACGGUUCAGGGUCUUGUGCACGAUGUAAUCAUCGAAAAGGCUCGGAAACAGCCCACAGCCCCUGCCAUAUCCGCUUGGGAUGGCAAUCUAAGUUAUGGGGAACUUGACGGCUUGUCGUCACGUCUAGCUGAUCAUCUACUGCAUUUUGGAGUAGGACCAGAAGUCAAUGUUCCUCUGUGCUUUGAGAAGUCAAGAUGGACUCCAGUUGCAAUGCUUGGUGUCAUGAAGGCUGGCGGAGUUUGUGUUAUGCUGGAUCCCAACUUGCCUGAGGAUCGACUCUUGAGCAUUUUGCAGCAGGUCAAGCCAACACUUGUGCUCUCGUCGUUGGAAAACGAGGCGGUGGCCACCGACCUGUCAGCUGGCAAGCCUGUAGUUGUGAUUGAUGAAAAGCUGUUACUUUCACUGGGGGUGCCCGACCCAGAUGCCCUACCCAAAGUGCGGCCGUCAAACACGCUCUACAUUGUCUUCACCUCGGGCAGUACUGGCAUUCCCAAGGGCGUACGGAUCACGCAUGCCAAUUUCAGCAGCUCUCUGCUCCACCAGCACAGCGCUCACAGGUUUGACAGCAGGCCUGAUGCGCGAGUUUACGACUUUGCGUCCUAUGCAUUUGAUACAUCUUGGCAAAACAUGCUAGCAGCCUUUGACUGUGGCGCCUGUUUAUGUAUUCCAUCAGAGGCUGAGCGACGGGAUGAUCUGGCUGGUUCGAUUCAACGAUUCGGGGUUACUCAUUGUGAAUUAACGCCCUCAACCGUCAAGGUGCUACCUAUGGCAACCCUCAAGUCCCUCGAUACUUUGAUCUUGGGAGGUGAGAGGCUGCAAGAUGAGUGCGCCAAAAAGUGGGCGCCGCUCGUGAACCUCAAGAAUUCAUACGGUCCUUGCGAAUGUACGCCGACAUCUACCGUUGCUGAUGUAGACCCGAUCAAUCCCAACGCAGCGCUCAUAGGCACAGGAAGAGGUGUCAACACUUGGAUCGUAGACACUAUAACUGGCGAGUCCUUGGUGCCUAUAGGAGGCAUCGGUGAGUUGAUGCUCGAGGGACCACUUGUGGGGCCUGGAUAUCUCCACGAUGCUGAAAAGACUGCUUCUGUCUUCAUCAACAGCCCAUCCUGGCUUACCCGAGGAGCUCCAGGCCACUCCGGCCGUGACGGGUGUUUGUAUAAGACUGGUGACUUGGUCUACUACGACGAAGACGGUGCUCUCAGUUUUGUUGGGCGCAAGGAUGCUCAAGUCAAGAUUCAUGGCCAACGUGUGGAACUAGGUGAUAUAGAAAACCACGUCGUGCGCCAUCACCUGACAAGACAAUCAGUGUGUCUGUUCCCCAAAUCGGGGCCUUGGGCCAACACGCUCGUCUGCAUCUUCAGCGUCCAGAAUAAGCAGCCUAGUCGUGACCAACUUGACGCCGACCGGUAUCGACUAUCGCCUUCUCUUGCCACCAGCUCGACAUUGUCCGAAAGCAGUCUUUCCAGUAGCUUGAGCUUCACGGAGGACUCCACGUCUUUGGAUUCGCCGCCCAGCGCUGAAAUGACGCUUGAAAACCUUACUGCUACUAUUCAAGGUCACAUUGAAGGUAUGGAGAAUACCCUUGAGAGCUCUUUACCUUCCUACAUGGUUCCCACAAAGUGGAUUGCUUUGAAGGACAUUCCUCUCAAUCCAUCUGGCAAGUUAGACCGUAAGAAGCUUGAAUUGUGGCUUAAUGAAAUGGAGCAAGAGAUGUAUGCCAAGCUGUUCAACACUGGUGAUGUCGCUAUUUGCCAAGAACCAGAUACGAAAGCCCAGCGAGUUUUAAGGGAUGCUUGUAGCCUUGUUUUGAACGUGCCAGCCUCUGAAGUCAAUUUUCAGCGCUCCUUCAUAUCAAAUGGAGGAGAUUCUAUAUCGGCUAUGCGGUUGAGCCCAUACUGCCGUUCCGAAAACGUAGUCUUCUCUGUGGCCACUUUACUCAAGUCCAGGACUUUGGCUGAGGUGGCUAAUCUCUCUUCUGCUGCUACAGACAUAGAGCUCUUCCACAGCACAGAAGAAUUUGACAAACCAUUUGCCCUGGCGCCAAUUCAACAAUGGUUCUUUAACCAGUCUCCCAAUAACCUCGUCAACACGCCAAGUUACCAUUGUAACCAGUCGUUCUACGUUCGCAUCAACCAACAAAUCGAUCCAGAGGAUAUCCGCAACGCGUUUGCAAAGCUCGUGGACUUUCAUUCAAUGCUUCGUGCCCGCUUCGAGCUGCAAAACACUGUAUGGACGCAGACUAUCCCUCCAACAGAUAAGGCGAUAUACAAUUUUGCCAUUGUAAAGCUAGACUCAAUGACAGAGAUGCAAUCUCUCGCCGGACGUCGUCAACAGCUUCUAGACAUUGAGCGGGGCCUGGUAUUCUCUGCCGAUCUCUGUCAACUUGCCGCAGAUGAGCAAUAUCUUGUCCUGGUAGCCCAUCACCUAGUCAUUGACCUCGUCUCUUGGAGGAUUAUUCUAGACGAUUUGGAAACUCUUCUCACAGGCAGAACUCUGCCGCCAAGCUUGCCGUUCCAGAUUUGGAGUGCCCUGCAACAGAAGGAGGCAAAAACCUCCAGAAGCGUCAUUCCUGAAAUCGAGAAACUAAACGGUACAAGAGUAGAGGAUAUCUAUCCCUGCUCUCCAAUGGUAGAAGGAAUGCUUCUGAGCCAAUCCAAAGGGGUUGGAUUCUAUGAAACUUCUCAGUUUUAUGAGAUUAGACCGCGAGGCUCUCGUAUUAUCAACGUGGACCGGUUGUCUUCUGCUUGGCGAGAUGUGAUUGCCCGCCAACCAUCUCUGAGGAGUAUUUUCAUCGAGAGUCUAGACUCGGGCUCCGCGCACAACCAAGUCGUCCUUGAGGAGUGUGAGAGUGACAUCGUGCUGCUCGAAAGUGACAACCUGCAAGCUGCGCAAGCGCUACUGCGGAAUCUUCCAAAGGCGAAAUACCAGCAACUCAGAGCCCCUCACCGUAUAACGCUUUGUAAAGUCAUGGAUACGAACAGUAUCUUUUGUCGAAUGGAAAUGAGUCACACAAUUACAGACGGUGCAUCAACUAGUAUCGUCAUUGAAGAAUGGGCCAAGGCUUAUGCCGGUAUCUUGCGCAGGGAUAACCUAAUCGAGACCUGUCGCGGUUUUGCGCGUGCUUUGAAUGCCAAUCUAGCAGAGAGCAAGAAGAAAUAUUGGAAGAAGAAGUUGAACGGCCUUCAGCCUUGUUUAUUUCCGCCUCUACAAAAGAUAUCGCAGCCUUCGGAAGUAGUUUCGUGGUCAGUUGCUGAUAUAGACGGGGAAGAUUUCGCUUCUGUGCAAAGGUUUUGCGAGUCUCACUCAGUUACGCCGGCCAGUCUAUUCCAUUCAGCCUGGGCUCUCACAUUGGCAUCGUAUGCAGGCAUGCAGAGUGUCUGUUUCGGCUACGUCGCAUCAGGCAGAGACCUUGACGUCCCCGGAAUUGGGGAAGCUAUUGGCGCAUACGCAAACAUGCUUGUAUGUCGCGCAGACAUUUUACCAGACUGGACUAAACAACGAUUCGUCCAGUCUCUCCACCAUCAAGUCUUGGAGGACAUGGAAUGGCAACACUGCUCUUUGGCGGAUAUUCAGCAUGAUUUAGGAAUUGUUUCCGGGCAGCAGCUGUUCAACACCAUCAUGUCUUUCCAAAAAGAUGCCGGUGAUGUCGGGACCAUCAGCCGAGACUUGGACUUCAUCGACGCUGACGGGGACGACCCCACGGAGUAUGAUGUUUCUAUCAGCAUAACAUUUAGUGCCGAGUUGGUGAAGCUGUUCAUCAACUGUAUGCCGUCUGGGUUUAGCAAUGAGCAAGCGCACCGCAUCGUGGCGUUGCUCAGAGAGACGGUCCUCCAAAUAGUGAGUCACGACGAUCUUCAACACGAGCAGAACUUGGUGGGCAGCAUUAAUAGGCUAGCCGGAAAAGACCUGCAAACGGUUUGGGAAUGGAAUUCGGCUCUUCCUGAGGCUGCAGAUACAUGCCUCCAUGAACUCAUUGCUAAGACGGCUCAAAGCCAGCCUGAAUCGUGUGCUGUUAAUGCAUGGGAUGGCAACUGGACAUAUCACGAACUAGACCAUAACGCUACUCAGCUCGCUCAUCAUUUUAUCAAUAUGGGCGUUGGGCCCAAUACUGUUGUUGCUUUGUAUCUCGAAAAGUCGCGAUGGACGCCCCUUGCCAUAUUGGCAGUCAUGAAAGCUGGCGGAGCUUCUGUUCUGCUGGAUACAUCCCUAUCCGGGGAUAUUCUUGACUUUAUUAUGGACAAGUCAAAUCCCGCUCUCUUGGUCAUCUCGAACUUGACCAAAAAGUUCACGUGCAAGUUCUCAAAUCGUCCAGUAAUGGUCAUUACUGACACUACCCUCGACACAUUACCUAAAGAUUCUACUACCUCUCUACCUACUAGUCAAUCAGCAAGCCAGGCCUGCCUUGUCUUUGCCACGAGCAAGGCUGGUUUGCUCUUUGGCUCUAUCCUCACCCAUGCCAACCUUUCCAGCCUUGUAAAGUACCAGCAAAGUGCCUUAGGAUACAAGCCCAACUCCAGAGUUUACGAUUUGAUGCCAUAUGCGUCUCAUAUAACCUGGAGAGUGUUUGCACAUACCUUUACAAGUGGCGCUAGCCUCUGUAUUCCUUCAGAACAAGAACAGGAGAGUUCGAUGACUCAGUCAAUAUUCCAUUGGCAGCCGACAAUAUUGAACAUUACCGUGUCCGAUGCGGCUAGUUUGGAUGAAAGCUGCGCCCAGUCACUACGAACCUUGAUACUAGACGGAGAACGUCUUUCCGCGGACAUGGCCAGAAGGUGGAGUUCAUUGGUAGACCUCAAGCUAACGUACGGUUUCUGCGAAAGCUCAAUGACGGCUACCGUAGGCACUAUCCGCAAGGAGGAUGCCAGUGACCCAAGCAUCGGAAGAGGUCUUGGUGUGAACACUUGGAUUGUUGAUUCUCAAGACGGCGGGAAACUUGUGCCCAUCGGGAGCGUCGGCGAGCUUGUGUUGGAGGGGCCUUUGAUGAGCACGUGUCAUGGAGGCAAUUCUGGGGAUGUGGCGGCAGCUUUCAUUGAUAAUCCACCAUGGCUCAACCGUGGCUGUGAUGCUCUGAACCAUCCAGGUCGCACAGGGCAGCUCUUCAAAACUGGCGAUCUAUUCCGCUACAAUGCAGAUGGCACAUUGGUCUUUGUUGCUCAUAAAGAUGCCAUGGUGAAAAUCCAAGGCCAGCACGUGGAGCUGGAAGAGAUUGAGUAUCACAUGCUGAGUCUGUCGUCGGUACGUCAGGCGGCUUGCCUGGUUCCCGAAGCUGGGCACUACACCGGCAAGCUUGUUGGUGUGAUUAGUCUUGACGGGAUCUGCGAGGGCGGUAGUGACAUUAGAAGUAUCACUACACAUCUCAUGCCAAGAGACAAGUCUGAGGAUGUACAAGCGUGUAUCGCGUCCUUGCAAUGUUUGCUGGACCAAUCAGUUCCUGCGUUCAUGGUCCCAACUGUCUGGGUGGCAUUGAAAAACAUCCCUUUGCAUCCUUCAGGCAAGUUGGACCGAAAAGUGCUCGACAACUGGCUUUGUACGCUCGAUGCGGAAACAUACACUAGAAUAUCUAGUAUAGGUUCAUCUUCCUGUGACCCAGUAACAACCGCAGAGAGAGUGAUUCGAGAUGCAUGCAGCCACGUUCUCAGUAUCCCCGCCAGCCACAUCAACAUGCAGCGGUCUUUGAUCGCCAAUGGCGGUGACUCUAUCUCUGCCAUGCAAAUCAGCCCGUUCUGUCGAGCAUCUGGAAUCGCUGUUUCUGUCGCCUCGCUGCUUAGAAGCAAGACGCUCGUCGGCGCAGCCGAAUCGGCAACCGUUACCAAGGGACCCUCUUUAUCUUGUGAGCAAGACUAUGACAAGCCUUUCGACCUCUCCCCAAUACAACAGUGGUUCUUCAGGCAGUGCCCACCUGAAAAGGUAAAUACAACAGCCUACUACAGCAACCAGGCCUUUUAUGUUCGAGUAAAGCGCCAGGUACGGCCUGACGAUGUGUCCAAUGCCAUCCGCAGUCUUGUUCACCAGCAUUCAAUGUUAUCGGCACGGUUCUCAUUCGAUAAGACGACAAGUUUGUGGACGCAGCUAGUUCCAAACUCCAGCGACGCUGUCUACCAUUUUGCAUCCUCACAGGUGGAGUCUCUUGCUAUUGUUGAAUCUAUUGUAGCUCAGCGUCACCAAGAGCUUGAUAUAGAGAAAGGAUUGGUUUUUGCGGCGGACUUGUUCACCCUUCCGUCAAGUGACCAGUACCUUUCACUUAUUGCUCAUCAUUUGGUUGUCGACUUGGUGUCGUGGCGCAUCAUUUUGGAUGAUUUGGAGGUUCUGCUCAACGGUGGCAACAUUCAUAAAGAGCUGCCGUUCCAAGCCUGGCAGAAUCUACAGAGACAAGAAGUUCAAGGGCCCAAUUACACGCCAAAGAAGGUGUUGUUCAAUGACGGGCGCAACGACCUUGGAUUCUGGAACUACACUCCAAGCACCCCAAACACCUUUGACGAUCACAUGGAGCAAUCAUUCGAGGUUGACCGUGCGACAACUGCAGUCUUGCUCACAGAAGCCAACAGGGCUUUUAACACAGAGCCGGUUGAUUUGAUUCUGGCGUCAGUUUGGAAUGCAUUCUUUGACACCUUUAAGACACGUAGCGGCCUCACCAUCUUCAACGAAGGGCAUGGGCGAGAACCCUGGAGCAGUGACAUUGACUUGUCCCGUACUGUUGGUUGGUUCACCACAAUGACACCGAUGCAUCUAUCGCGCGAAGAAACGGCGAGUAACAAUGCGAGGGUGAUCAAAGACGUACGGAGGCGACUCCCAUCAAAUGGCUGGGCCUACUUCACCUCACGCUAUCUCAACGAUGAGGGUAUCAAAGCCUUUGGCUCUCAUGACAACGUCAUGGAAUUUCUGGACUUAGAUUACAACGGUCUAGACGAGUUGCAAAAUCGUAUUCUUCCAUCCCUCCAAUCUGAGCUUGCCACUACUGUUGGCGACAUCUAUCCUUGCUCGCCCAUGGUCGAUGGCAUGCUGCUCAGUCAGAUUCGAAAUCCUGAAACAUACAUGACGUCGAUCAUGUAUGAGAUACAGGCUACCCAGAAGCGCCUCGAUAGUGAUAUACUGAUCGAGGCAUGGCAAGCCGUUAUUGCGCGCCAUCCAGCCCUUCGCAGCAUUUUUGUCGAAGGUAUCGACAAGAAGUCGGCCUUUGCUCAGAUUGUGCUAGAGACGCAUCGAGGGGAGGUUGUGGUACUCAAAGCCUCAACCAAGACUGCGGCUGUGGCCUUGAUCCGGCAGUUGCCCAUUAUCAGCCAUGGAAGAACAAAGCCGCCCUGCCGUCUCGUUGUCUGCGAAGUUGUGGAGGAUAGCUCAACCAUCUGCCAGAUCGAUAUGAGCCACGCCAUUGUCGAUGGAGCAUCUACAGCCAUCAUGUUGGGUGACUGGUCCAAGGCUUACAGCGGAAUUCUGGGCACAGAAAUUCUAAAUGGGCCAAAUCGCAGGUUGGCCCAGGCUCUAAAGACCAGCGCGGUGGAAAACAAAAUGACAUACUGGAAGAACAAGCUAGCGGAAGUUGAGCCCUGUCACUUUCCUCGCUUGUCUGAAUCUUCUUUUACCGGCACUGCCACAGUCAGUGUCGACCUUGGCGGAGACGACUUUUCGCGGAUCCAGCAUUUCUGUGAAUUCCAUUCCGUUACUCCGGCGAGCAUAUUCCAGAGUGCCUGGGCGCUGCUCCUAUCAAGUUACACUGGCAACAAUGCUGUAUGCUACGGAUAUAUUGCAUCGGGCCGCGAUCUGCAGGUUGAUGGGAUUGGGGAUUCCGUCAAUGCUUUUGCCAAUAUGAUGGUUUGUUGUGCCAAUAUAUCGCGUGCUUGGACUCCAGACCAGCUCGUCCAGCGGCUUCAUGAGCAAUUCUUGGAAGACUUGGACUAUCAGCACUGUUCUCUCGCUGAUAUACAGCACGAACUCGAGCUUGCGCCCGGUAUUUCUCUAUUCAACACCAUUGUUUCCUUUCAAAAGGAUGAUUUUGAGACGCAGGACAGUAUCAACAUCGGAGAACUGGUGUUCAUUGAUAUGGAUUCUGAAGAUCCUAUUGAGUACGACAUUUCUUUUGAUAUUAGUUAUGGCAAGAAAGAGGUAUCAUUUUCACUGGACUAUCGCCAAUCUUGUUUGACAGACAAACAAGCUAAGCGUGCCAUUUCGCUCUUGAAGACCAUUGUCACAUCUCUCGUUGAUGAAAAGGUAUUGCUUGGCACCAUCGCCGAUAUUAGGAUGGUUGACCAGGAUGAUGUUGAGCAGAUGUGGAAUUGGAACUCUGUUGUCCCUGAGACAGUGGAGUCCUUGACACACGAUGUGAUAUCUGAGACGGCACUUAAGUUUCCCUCUGCCUUGGCCAUCUGCGCUUGGGAUGGAGAUUGGACAUAUCAGCAGCUGGAUAACCUGUCUACUACACUCGCUUAUGAAUUAGCCCGUCUUGGGGUCGGUCCUGAAACGAUAGUUCCGCUCUGUUUUGAAAAGUCUCGUUGGGUACCAGUGGCGAUGCUUGCUGUUAUGAAGGCUGGUGGCGCGAGCGUGGUUUUGGACUCUACUCUUCCUCAAGAACGAUUACGAGUUAUCUUGCAACAAGUCUCACCGGUUAUCAUCCUCAGUUCGUCUGUUAGCCACGAUACUAUCAGACCCUUAAGCCAAGAGCCUAUCUUUGUGGUCGAAGAGACGAAUGUGGCCCGCUUGGAAGCACCACUCGAUGCGGGAACAGCCAUCUCUGGUGCGGUGCCCUCCAACACGCUGUAUGUUGUCUUCACUUCUGGCAGUACCGGAACCCCAAAAGGCGUGACUAUUAGUCACUCGAAUUUUGCCAGUGCCCUCCGUUAUCAAGAUGGCAUGUACAACUUCAAGACUGGCUCCCGAGUCUAUGACUUUGCAUCCUACACGUUCGACCAGUGUUGGUCGAAUGUACUGAGCGCUCUUGCGUGCGGUGCCACUCUCUGCAUUCCAUCGAAUGCUGAACGCCAGAGUGAUCUGGCUGGAUCACUAGAGAGAUUCCAGGUCACUCACGUGGACCUGACCCCUUCAGCCGCCCAGCUUCUUCCGCCCAGUAUAUUAAAGCGACUGGACACAUUGAUCCUCGGUGGCGAGCCUCUUUCACCCGAAUUGGCCAGAUAUUGGUCUAGCAUGGUGAAAAAUGUCCAGAACUGUUAUGGACCGUGUGAAUGUACGCCUACCACCACAGCGGCAAAUAUUCACUCGGGAAACGUUGAAGCGGUUAGCAUUGGCCGCGGACUUGGCGUGAACACGUGGGUUGUGAGUACUGCAGGAGACUCUCUUGCACCACUUGGGAGCACUGGUGAGUUGCUCCUCGAAGGCCCGCUAGUUGGUCCUGGUUAUCUCAAUGAUGCGGAGAGAACCGCUGCUUCUUUCAUCGAGGACCCGCCCUGGCUACUCCGAGGCUCCACGAGCCAUGCCGGACGCCAGGGACGCUUAUACAAGACUGGAGAUCUUGUUCGCUAUCUACCAGACGGGAACUUGACCUUUCUGGGCCGAAAAGACAGUCAGGUCAAAAUCAACGGUCAACGUCUGGAACUCGGUGAUAUUGAGUACUACGUCCGGUCCAGUAUCACCUCUAAUUAUGAUGUUCAAGUAGUUGUAGAUUUGGUGAAGCCUCAAGACAGCGAGAAACAGAUGAUUGUCGCUUUCUUAGCCUGGGAGGGGGAAGUGUCUCCAGACUUGGACGAGAUCACUGCUGGUCUUCUUGACAGACUCGCGGCCCAGGUGCCUGCAUACAUGAUACCCACUGCUUACAUGUUGCUUGGAAGUAUACCAAUGACACCUUCGGACAAGACGGAUCGACGCUCGCUCCGCGUCAUGGCCGGGCAACUCAAAAGAGUCGAACUCAUGGCGCAUGGUCCGACGCAGGGGGCAAGAAGGAAACCAACGACAUCCCGGGAGAUUCAGCUCCAAAGUCUCUGGUCCACUGUCCUCGGAUUACCUUGUGAAUCUAUCGGCAGCGAUGACAGCUUCUUACGCCUUGGGGGCGAUUCUAUUGGUGCCAUGAAGCUUGCUGGUCUGGCGCGUGACUGUGGGCUUUCAGUCACGGUGACUGACAUAUUCAAACAUCCGCGCCUGACUGAUCUUGCUAAGACCAUUCGAAGCUCAGCCACCAAUCAACCUGAAAUCUCCGCUCCAUUCUCGUUGCUGCACGGAGAUCAGACCUCAUCCGAGAUACGGGCCCAGAUUUCUCGGCUCUGCAACGUGGACGCUGCACGCGUUGAAGACGCAUUUCCCUGCACGCCCUUGCAGGAAGGGCUGAUGGCUCUAACUUUGAGACGACCAGGAGACUAUGUCGCCCAAAACACUUUCCAACUUCGAUCUACCAUUGAUAUCACUCUCUUCCGACGGGCUUGGGAGCAUGUUCUGGAAACAACGCCUAUUCUGCGAACACGCAUUGUCGAUAUUGGUCUCCAAGGUCUGACUCAAGCGAUUAUCUCAAACGAAUCUGUUGCGUGGCCAGAAAUCACCAGAACUGUUGUUUACCAGGAAAAUGACAAGCAGCUGGGCAUGGGCUUGGGCACACCUCUCAUGCGAUAUGACAUAACCAGAAGCUCAAAUGGCCGAUACUCUUUCAUCUGGACUGUACACCACGCCUUGUAUGAUGGCUGGUCAAUGCCAGUUGUUCUUGAGAGACUUGAGACGGCAUACAAUGGAACGGUCUUGCAAACACCACCCCCGUUCCAAAACUUUGUCAAGUUUAUCGGCCAAGGUGAUGGCAAAGUUGCUGAUGAGUUUUGGACAUCACAAUUCGGACAGAUCCAGGCUCCAUCAUUCCCAUCACUACCCUCGCCCAUCUACCAGCCUCGCUCGGACAGCGGAGUUUCGUAUCACAUCAAGGAUAUAGCGUGGCCAAAGACGGAGACGACAGCAUCAACUGCUAUACGUGCGGCGCUGUCCAUCCUUAUCGCAGGCUACUCUGAUCACUCACAUGCCCUCUUUGGUGCGACUGUCACUGGUCGCCAAGCGCCAGUCCCAGGGGUCGAGAGCAUGACAGGUCCAACUAUUGCCACAGUACCGAUCAAGGUAGCGCUUGAUGAAGCAAGCACCGUGAACCAAUUUCUGCAGCAAAUACAGGGCCAAGUUGUCGAUAUGACAGCCUUUGAACAGACUGGUCUGCAGAAAAUCCAGAAAGUCAACGAUUUUGCCAAACAAGCCUGCGAGUUUCAAACACUGCUGCUCAUCCACCCAUUUGAGCAGCCAACCAAGUCCACGAGUCCUCUUUUCCUUGACACAGAUGAUGAAGUCGAAAGCGAUGGCCUUGUGAAUGGAGACGAGACCGAUGAUGAUUCUUUUUCCAACUUUGAUACACAUGCCAUCACGAUUGAGUGCGAUCUUGAGCCGACCGGCGCGUUGCUUCGCAUUAGAUUCGACUCUCAAGUCAUCCAAAAGGUCCAGGUGAAGAGACUCGCGGCUCAGUUUGACGUGAUUCUACGUCAGCUGUGCGACCCAGACUUGGAAGGGUGCAAGCUUGCCGACAUCAACAUCGUCAGUGCCAGGGACUUGGAACAGAUUUGGCAAUGGAACGCAGUCGUGCCUGAGACCAUCAACCACACUGUGCAUGACUUGAUUGCCGAGAACGCUUCCAAGCAUCCUGAUUCACCGGCAGUCUGCGCGUGGGAUGGCCACUGGACAUAUCAGGAAAUGGAGUCGAUUGCAACUCGCAUCGCCCAUCGACUUCUAACGCUAGGCGUUGUCCCUGGUGCUAUUGUACCUCUUUGCUUUGAAAAGUCUCGCUGGAUGCCUGUAGCGAUGCUUGCUGUUAUGAAAGCGGGAGGUGCCUCCGUGGCUUUAGAUACCACAUUGCCUCAAGACCGGCUCCGCACUGUUUUGCAGCAAGUUGAUCCGCUUCUGAUUCUAUCCUCGUCGUCAAGCCAGGAGCUCGCAAAGCAGUUGACGAGUCGAACCAUGGUAGUCUUGGGCGACGACUACGAAAAAGACUUUUACACACAUCCUUUGCACAAGACACUCCCACAAGUUGAGCCAUGGAACAAUCUUUAUCUCGUCUUUACAUCGGGAAGCACUGGCGUUCCAAAAGGUGCAAUGGUUACUCAUUCCAACUUUAUGAGCGCCAUUCACCAUCAACAAGCCAUUACAGGCUUCAAUAGAUCAUCACGUGUAUAUGACUUUGCAAAGUAUGCUUUCGAUAUCAGCUGGUCCAAUUUUAUACAUACACUGGCUGCUGGCGGUUGCCUUUGUAUUCCCUCGCAGGAAGAGGCUAUUGAUGAUAUUCCUGGCUCAGUCCUGGCAUAUGAUGCCAAUUUCAUAGACAUUACACCAUCUGUGGCAAGCACACUACGACCGUCGGACUUGGGCAGCCUGAAGACCGUUGUAUUUGCUGGGGAGGCGCUUUCCAAUUACCAGGCUUCGCAGUGGUCAAAGCAUGUACGGGUGCUCAACAUGUACGGUCCGGCAGAAUGCACAGUCAAGGCCACAGUGGCUGAGGUUGACGGAUCCGGCUCGUCUUCAGCGGCCAGCAUUGGGCGUGGUGUUGGUCUGUGUACUUGGGUUGUCGACCCUUCAGACCCCUUCAAAUUGGCCCCAAUAGGCACAGUAGGCGAGUUGGUGUUGGAAGGGCCGCUUGUUGGAUCCGGAUAUCUCAAUGACUCUGCAAAGACUGCAGAGGUUUUUAUUGAUAAUCCGCCCUGGCUGCUCCACGGUGGGCCUGCCCAUCGAGGCCGCAGUGGGCGUGUAUACAGGACUGGUGAUCUCGUUCAGUAUGACAUUGACGGGAGCCUCACAUUUAUCGGUCGAAAAGACGGCCAGAUCAAGAUCAACGGCCAACGAUUGGAACUUGGCGAUAUCGAACACAAUCUCGCAGCCAGCCUCGGGACUGAAAUCAAAGUCCAGCUUGCCGCUGAGAUAGUAAUCCCCAGUGAUGGUGACAAGCCGAUGUUGGCUGCGUUCAUACAGUCAUCCCGGCAGUUUGAAGAUUUCGAGUCGGAAGUGCAGGCACUGACGAAGGGUGUCAAUGACCGUCUUGCCUCCAAGGUCCCUAGACACAUGAUUCCGUCAGCUUAUAUUAUGGUCGAUAAGCUACCACUCUCUGCGACCGGCAAGUUGGACCGCAAGCAACUCCGAUCAUUAGGGGAGAGCAUGACAAUGUCGGAGAUUACAGGGUCGGCACAGUCGCAGGAAGAACGCCGGCCGCCAUCGACAGCGGCAGAGCUAAGCAUGCAGAGAGUUUGGGCUCGCACUCUCCGUGUUGACGCCGAUUCAAUUAGUGCUGACGAUAGCUUUCUGCAACUUGGCGGUGACUCCAUUCUCGCUAUGAAGCUCACCACUCAGGCCCGAAUCGAAGGGUACGAGCUCUCUGUUGCUGACAUACUCAACAAUCCAAAACUAUCACACAUGGCCUUGCAUCUGCGAAAUGGGGACGAUGGGUCAGCUGUUUCUGCACCGAGUUACCAACGAUUUUCACUUUUGCUCCCAGAGAGCCGACCGGCAAUUGAGCAGAUCCUGUUUGAUCUCGGUGUCUCAACAGACAAUGUGGAAGACAUUCUCCCUGUUACCGAUCAACAGACCCGAUAUCUUCUAACGAGUUACACAUCGGCUCGUAGCUCCGUGUACUACCACACACGCGAUUUUCCCCAUCCUUUCGAUCUUGAUGAAAUUCAUCAGGCUUGCUUCCGCCUUGUCAGACGUCUCGAUAUGCUAAGAACAGUCUUUUUUGCGUACAAGGAUGAGUUCCUCCAGGCUGUGCUCACACAGGCAGUUGGAGAAGUUGACAUCUUUCGGACUGCAGAGGAGAGUUUGAAUGACUUUACAUUGAACCUAAAGAAGCAAGACUUGCUGCGCAAGAUGGAUUUCGGAAAGGCACCCACCAAGAUUCGCAUCAUUCACCAAACGCGUGAGCAAAAGGCUCGCGUUGUGAUUCGCCUUUCUCAUGCCCAGUAUGACGGAACAGCGCUGGCCAGACUGUGGUCCGCUUUCGAGGAGUGCUAUAGCUCAGCCUCGAGUAAUGAUACGAACACGGGGUCGAGUUUCUCUCAAUAUAUGCAUACUUUAUCCCUGGUCGAUAAGCAAAGCGCAGCAGAAUAUUGGCGAGACAUUCUGCAAGGAAGCACACGGACAGCCAUCAAAAGCCAGAUGGCGCCUGGUCUCGGCUACGGGCUUGGUCCAACCAUUGCCAAGCGUAUACCGGCACGCAAUUUGCAGUCUGGAGACUUCACCUUUGCCACCGUCCUGAAAGCGGCAUGGUCAUAUGUCCUCGCAAAACACUUAGCAACUGCCGACGUUGUUUUUGGCAGCCUGGUGCACGGUCGCAACCAGCCAGGCACGCAAGACGUUUUCGGUCCCUGUGUUAAUAUUGUCCCUUGCCGCCUCAUCUUCCAAGAAAGCUGGACGGUCCGGGAUCUCAUCUCUGCCAUCAAUUCUCAGCAGGUGGCCAGCAUGCCAUACGAGACAAUGGGCUCCCGAGACAUCAUUCGCAACUGCACAAGUUGGCCCAAGUGGGCCUAUUUCAGCUCAGUCAUUGUGCAUCAGAAUUAUGAGAAUCACCAGGCGGAGGACCCUGUUAAAGAUUUCGAUCAUUCAGACCUGUCGGCAGGUGACAUUGACAGUGUCGAGGUCUACAUCACGUCUAUGCCAGGCCCGGAGAGCACAGAAAUCGACCUGACCUUUGCCCACAAUGCCGUCUCUCCUUGUCUAGCAGAUCAGCUCGCUUCGGAUCUGACUCGCACCAUCACCGAGUUCUACAAAGACAUGGACACAAAGUUGAUGGCACCAGGCGACAUUCAGAAUCAGCUGGCCUUGCUGCCUCUAACAGAUGAUGCAAGGACAAAUGUAGCUCCACCAACUAGCGAGCAAAUAAUGAUGCUGAAGAGCUGCCCGAGCAAAUUAAGAGAUGACCUCGGCAGCGCUUGGAUAGACGUGCUCGGACAACAUGAUGUGCCUAGUGAUCUGUCCUGCGAGACCUUUUUUGAACUCGGUGGUGAUGCCCACAAUGCGGGCCAGUUGGCCGCUCAUAUGCAACGGCAAGGCUACCAGAUUAGGAUUGAGGACGUCUUUGAGCAUCCGACAUGGUUUGGCCUUCUGCUUGAAACUAUGAAACAGCAGUACACUGGAUGUAAUCAUGAAGAAGAAGGGAAAUUUGGGUUUUGGAAGAGGUUUAGAGAGCAGAAGAAUGGAUGA